UGCAGAAAGAGUGGUUGAAACUGCGUCUCUGCUUCCUCUUCUUGGCAGAACAGUGUGAAAUUACUGGCUUGGUGGUGGAAUUUGACCUUGCUUUUCCUUGUCUGGUUGGGAGACACCCCCCCAAGUUUGGAACAUCUGUACAUGGAAUAUGACGAGGAUGAUGAUAUCUUCUUUGCAAAAUGGAUGAGCAGCUUCUGGGGCCACAACUUGAUCGAUGAGAAUGAGAAAGAGGGUAGAGGCCACAAGAAACGUCAGACACGAUUCUGUAAUGAGAGGAGAGCAUCCCUCCCGGCCAAGCUUUCCUCCUUCCAUGCAACACGACUUCAUGAUUCUGCCAAAGGCUCAUCUUCAGGCCAUCUCAAGGGCUCCAAGGAAUUUCAAGAAGACCAAGAUGUCAAAUGCCACUGCCACAGGAAAGCAAGCAGAACAGCUUCAGCAGACAGCUCAGGCCCAGACACAAGAUCAAAUUCCAUUCAGGAAUUUGCAGAGUCCUUUGAAAAGCAAUUGCAUCUCAAAAGCAAGCGCUCAGUUUCUUUGCAACCUGAAGGCGUGAAGGAGAGACGAGAAAGAGAAAGAUUGCAUUUGAGAAAAAGCAAGUCUCAUAAGAGAAUGGAAGAGAAAUCAGAGCCAAGGAGAGAACGAGAAGAAGCUGAAGGUUCAGAAGUACCUGCAAAACACAACGAACAGUGUCCAUCACAAGCAAGCAUUCAGAAAGGAUAUUAAUGCACAGGCAGCUAGAAUGCAUUGAGAUAAUCAAUUUUAACACUCCCCCUGAAGAGCAGAGGGAGAAUUCUUGUUUUGUUUUGACUAGAAGAGGCCUGAUAGCUAGAAUAAACCCUAAGCUGUAAAACAAAAGUAAAAUUCAACUGCAUC